UUUUAAUUAACGUUAUAUUACUUUCUUGGUUAAAAUUAAUUAAGGAUGCGAAAAGCCUUUCAGUUCCUGGGCCAUUCCCUCUUCCUGUUAUAGGAAAUGGACAUUUGUUUCUCGGGGAUUCUUCAGUUAUGGUAAAAAAUAUUCAAUAUUUAUCACAAAAGUAUGGCGGUAUUUCGCGUUUUUACAUUCUCUCGCAGCGAUACUUCCUUAUAAGCGACGUAAAAUUUAUUGAAGCUAUAAUGUCAAGUACGGAAUUUCUUUCUAAGGGAAAAUCCUAUGAUUUUCUGCACCCAUGGCUUGGUCAAGGUCUCUUAACAUCAACAGGUCGCCGUUGGAAGAAUCAUCGCAAAUUCUUGACUCCCGCUUUUCAUUUCAACAUACUUCAGAAUUUUCUGCCCGUUUUCGUAAAAAGUGGAAAAAUCUUAACAGAAAAACUUCGCUCAUACGCCGCUCAGGGAGAACCAGUUGACUUAUUCCCCAUAAUUGCUUUAACUGCUCUUGAUAAUGUAACAGAAUCCAUAAUGGGAGUAUCUGUCGGCGCCCAAAAUGACAGUGAAUCGCAGUACGUGAAGGCCAUUAAAGACUUAACUAACGUACUGGCUUAUAGAAUGAGAAACGCUUUCGCAUCGUCCGAUCCAAUUUUUAAUUUAAUGUCCAUGAAAAGAGUUCAAGAUAGAGCACUAAAGGUUUUACAUGACCAGUCUAUCAAAGUGAUUGAGGCUAGACGGCGACAAUUAGAUAAUAUGGAAAAUUCUAGUCCUAUUUCCGAAUAUGGAAUAAAAAACAAACACGCGUUCCUAGAUCUACUGUUACUAGCCGAGAUAGAUGGAGAAAAAAUCGAUAAUGUGAGUGUACGAGAAGAAGUUGACACAUUUAUGUUUGAGGGACAUGACACGACCACAUCUGGCAUUGUGUUCAGCCUAUUUUGCAUUGCUAACAACAAGGAGGUUCAAGAGAAAAUUUUACAAGAACAAAUAUCUGUACUGGGAAAUGAUAUGUCUAACGACCCAACCUACUCAGAUAUACAACAAAUGAAAUAUUUGGAAUGUGUCAUUAAAGAAUCCCUGCGACUGUAUCCAUCCGUACCUUUUAUUGAAAGGCAAAUUAGUCAGGAUACUGGGAAUACUAGUUCAUUUUAG